AUGCGUCGAACUUUUUUCAUUACUAUUAUUAAAAUAAGUAUCGCAUGCUGUUGCAUUGUAUAUCUACUCAAACUCUUAGCAAACGAUGUUUCCAAACGAUCAGCAUACAUCCGAACGCGUCGACUCACCAUUUGGUGUAAUGACUAUCAUAUCAGUCCAAUAUACGAUAUUAAACAUCAAUUGAAGCCAUUCAACGUUGAGUUUCUCGACAAAAGUCUAUCAGGUGCUUGUCAUGAGACGAAGACGUGUGCUAAGAAUUUGAAAGUCUUACAUGUAGGUAAUGCCAUGAUGCCUACGGAAAAAGUCCGACAAGAAUUUUACGAAGCUUACAAAAAUGACGUCGAAAUGAAUCGAGUGGAUAUCUUCAUGUGUUUUCAUCCAGUAGCGAUGUGUGAAUUAUUCAUGGCAUUUAAUCGAACAAUAAUCGUUCUUGCUUCUACUCGGUACGAGUUAGGACGUUACAAAAAAGAGGCAUGGAUGAAUUGGAAUAAAAACCUUCAAAUCAUCGCCAAAAAUGACCGAAAUGUGAUAUCUGCAAAUAAUCUCUAUGAUGCGGAAUACAUUCGUUAUUUUACCGGAAUUAAACCCAUUGUUUUACCAUCUUUAUGCAGUUAUACAAAUGCAUCGUAUCAGCCCGAUAUGCACAAACCAGUUUUAAUCGCACCGAUACAUGGAAAACAAUUUCAUAUGGAAUUUCGAUUAAAUUUAAGCAACACUUUAGAAAAAUUGAAAAUCCCCAUCAAUGUAAGCGACCUACGCGAAGUUUAUAAAGAUCGCUACGAAUACUCUCAACUUGUUCAACAUCCAGCCAUCAUUUAUGUACCAUAUCAAGUUUCAUUAAUGAGUUUAUUCGAACAAUAUCGAAUGAAUAUUCCCCUAUUUUUUCCGUCACUUGAUCUUCUUGCCGAUUGGCAUUUCGCGUAUCGUGUUGUUCGCGAACGAACUUGGGGUGGGGUCAUCGAAGAUCUUCGUAACUCUUCACUUAUAUCCGGCGUUUUAGACAAGCACCGUCCUGAUCCGAACAAUGAAUUCGAUCGAAAUGCGAUCUAUUACUGGUUAAAAUUUUCUGAUUACUAUCAAUGGCCAUAUAUAACCUAUUUCGAUUCUGUUGAUGAUCUCGCUGUGAAACUAAGUCAAACAAACUUGACGGACAUUAGUGAAAAAAUGAGUUUAUAUAAUGCACAUGUAGAAAAAGAUUUACAUGAAAAAUGGCGUGGAAUACUUGAGAAAAUAAACUAG